AUGCAGGCCGACAUGGCUCUCUUCUCCCCCGCCGAGGCCGUCUACCUCACCUCCUUCCUCUCCGCCGUCGACCUCGACCAGAGCGUCAACCCCGAUGGCUCCGUCGACCACUCCCUCGCCGAGCGCGUCCCCCAUGUCCAGGGCAAGGAGGCCCUCGCAAAGGCCACCAAGGACCUCAUGUCCCUAGACCUCCCGACCACCAUCCUCUCCCCGCCCGCCCUCCACCGACCCCACUUCCACCAAGCCCCGUCGCUCCCACCCCCUCCCUCGAGCACCGGCCCCAACUACUGGCCCAGCAUCCCCCCUCCCGAGCACUCGUUCCCCCCGUCCGCCGUCCGCUCCUCCUCCCCCGCCCGCUACGCCCUUGACUACGAUGUCCCCCGCUCCACCCCCUCCGACCGCGCCCUCCCCACCGCCGACUCCCUCUUCAACCCUCCCCCAGCACACCUCCAGAUCGCGCCCCUCCGCGGGAGCACGACAGGCCCAGCCGCCAGCGCCCCCGCGUUCACCCUGCCCCCUAUAUCCACCUCAAAGCUCCCGCCUCAGCCCCACAGUGGCAUCCGUCCGUCGGCCGUGUCCUCGUCCGCAUCUGCACCUGUAGUGCCGACGUCCAGCAAACGGCCCCUGCCCGGGUCCAACCCACCCGAGCCAACCUCGUCCAAGCGCCCCCGGCCCUCGCCAUCCACCUCGUCGAGCCCGUUCCCCGACUCGCCCGGGCCGUCGUCCGUAGUGUCGGGGGCGCGUGGCGCGAGCGCAAGCGCAAACGGCCUCGGUCGGCCCCGCCGGCCGCCGGCCGCCGCGCAGAGCAAGGGCGAGGGUGCGGUGGCCGCGGCGAACGGGGCGAAGCCCGCGCUGCUCUCGCCGUCGCAGAAGCGCGCGAACCACAUCCAGUCGGAGCAGAAGCGGCGGGCGAACAUCCGGCGCGGGUACGAGGCGCUGUGCGACGUCGUGCCCGCGCUGCGCGAGGCGAUCCGCGCGGAGGACGAGCAGGAGCGCGCGCGCGCGCUUGAGGAGGAGGCCGCGGCCGCGAAGGGGAGGGGGCGCGGCGGCGGCGGCGCGGAGAAGGGGAAGAAGAAGAAGGGCAGGGCCGACGGCGACAAGGCCGACGGGCGGGCGGGGCCCAAGAGCGAGAACGUGGUGCUGUCGAAGACCAUCGAACACAUCUCAGACCUGCUCGCUCAGCGCGCCGCGCUCCAGCAACGGCUCGAGCUCGCCCGGGGCGUCCUCCCGCUCGGCCACCCGGCGACCGCCAUCGACCCAAGUCACCUUGACCCGAACGGGACCCCUCUGUGGGAGCGGGAGUGGAACGGGGGCAUGGACCUCGACAUUGGUCCUGACGGGGACGACGGCAGCGACGACGAGGGCUAG